AACAUUUAAACAAUGCUCUGCUAUGUAAUACUGUCAAUCUUAUCGGCGUGCUUGGCAGCGCUUUUCCUUCCUGGCCAGUGGUGGUUGAAAUCAGGAAGUAAAUCUAGACAGGAGUUACCGAGGCCACUCCUGAAUAGCCACGAGUUGUCGUUGUACGACGGCAAAGAAGGCAGCAAGGGUAUUUACCUGGCCAUACUCGGGCAGGUGUUUGACGUGCGCGAGGGUCGUAAGCAUUAUGGGCCUGGUGGGGCAUAUCACUUUUUGGCAGGAAAGGAUGCAUCACUGGCCUUCAUCACAGGAGAUUUUACAGAAAGUGGGUUGACAGAUGAUGUGUCCAGCUUGUCCCCAUUACAGGUGGUAGCCCUGUUUGACUGGCUGCUCUUUUAUCAAAGGACCUAUCAAAGUGUAGGUUUGGUGAUAGGACGGUUCUAUUCCAAAAGUGGAAAACCCACAGCGUUUCUAUUGCAUGUUGAAUCAUUGCUUGUAAAAGGCCAGCAACUCAAAGCAAAGACAGAAGCAGAAAUGCUUUACUACCCUUCCUGUAACUCACAGUGGAGUACAGCUAGGGGAGGGAGAGUCUGGUGCUCCACCCAGAGUGGUGGAAUUCAAAGAAGUUGGACUGGUGUCCCGCGAAAAUUAUUCUCAGUAGGUGCGAGUGGGUCCCGUUGCGUCUGUGUGGAAGAUCCAUCUACAGCCAACGAGAACCCCAACCUGCAGGAAUAUGAUGGCUGCCCGACACAUGAGGUCUCUUGCGCUAUAGUAGCAUAA